AGUCGAGCCGCCAUGACAGUCGGCGAAUAUGCUAAGCGGCUAUGUUAAAUUAAUUUCGUAAAAAUAAUAUUAUUGUGCUGAAAACUAUCCUGGAUACUUGAUUUGCAGUAUUAGCCCGUCGGGCUAAAACCCGGUAAAAUGGCAAACAACUGGUGGAGAGAACCGGACAUGGGAGUACUGAGUGCACCGGUGACCUCUGGUGAGCCCCAGGGAUGCUCCGCCAUGCGUAUGUGGAGGAACGCCUGCAACACACUGGUAGCACCCGAUGCUGAUGAUGCUUGGAAGCAGGUGGUGGAAGCCUCCCCUCCGGAGUCACUCUGGCACACACUCCGGAACUGUGUAGCUUAUCAGGCGGGAGUGUGGCAGAACUUGCUCAACAAGGGAGUGGAUGACGUCAUACAGCCGGCUGCCUUCAAGCUGGCCAUAGUGCUGAGACAUACUCCUUCUGAACUCACCGUCAAACUUCUGUCUGACUUGCUGAGGCUGCAUCCACAGUCGCAAGACUUGACGUCGUACAUCUUGGCGCUGCUGACGGAUGACGAGGCGCAGUGGAGUGGCGGACACUGUAGCUCUCCGUCCAACGUGUCCUCUCCUCCCAGCGAGGAGGAGGAGGAAGAACAUUCCUCCAACUCCGAUGGCGCGGACUCUGACGGCGCCGACCAGGGACACGACACCGACGGCCCCGACCCCGGACACGACACAGACCUCGACGCCAACGAGGCCAAUGGACCCGCAGACUCCGCGUCCGCCGCCGCUCUAUCCAAACCCCAUAUGCCGCCGCCGGACUCCACCACGCAUUCCAGCGACAACCCUAACAUGCCCGAUUCGACUACGGCCGACGAUCCUAUAGAAGUCGAUCCGGAGUCUGGCGAGGGGGAAGACGACGGGGACGCGGAGGCGGAGGCCGAGGGAGAGGGAGAUGAGGACGCCGACGGUGAAGGUGAUGAAGACGGCGAGGGCGAGGAGGACGGCGAGUCGGCGGACGAGGUGGAGGGCAUGGCGCGAGGCCGCGGGCUGUCGCCGGCGGGCAUGGCGCGGGGCCGCGGGCUGUCGCCGGCGGGCCCGGCGCCGCUGCGCGACUUGCAGCUGUUCGGCGACUGCGAGCUGGCCGUGCUGGCCGCCUCGCGCGAGGAGUACGACGCACACGCCAAGCUCGUGCGCGCCGAGUACUCCAAGCUCACCAACGACAACUACGUGCAGCUGAGGAUCAAGGUGCUGAACCAAUUCAGUCAAAUCCCCAAGCUGUUCCACUCUCCUGAGUUCGAAUGCUUCGAGUCUGCGGCGCGAGAGAACAUCGAGCGAGAGAUCAAUACGCUGCAGGAACACUUGGUGGCCGGGAGGAGAGACUAGUAUUAUCCCUACCAGGAGGGUGACAUUCCUGAGGACAUGGAGCUCAAUAACUGCAACUAAUUGUUUACUCAUUACGUCAGCUUUGCUUGUUACGUGACCGCGCUACUGCGCUGAGCUAGCAGAUGUACUUGCCAUGCUAAAAUGCAUCAUUUCCUUUUCAUGUUUUCAAGUAUCCAUAAACUAAAGCUACCUACUUCCUUACUACUACUACAUCAUCGCUAAAAGUUUAAAAGACAUCUGUAAACAUAUAGAAAUCGUGAUACAAGCUAUGCUCAUGUCAUCUAAGUCACUCGCUAGCGCGUCAUCAAGUAAUAAGUAAGAAAAUGUUUGAGUAAAUAAAUAAUUUGCUGUACUACUUGGUGUGAGGUAUAUCCUCGUCACAAGUACUAGCUCCCGUGUUCAGGGCGUCAUAUUCCUGGCGAGCCUGGAGACGCUCGAAUAUGACUUGUGUUACAAUACAAUAAUAAUUACUUUAACACAAGUAAGCUUCCUGGGUCAGUGCGGCUUGCAACACAAUCAGUGAUUGUAAUGAUAGAGACAUUUUCAGUGUAGUGCUAUUUCUUCAUAGAUUGGUGUCUGUUUAUUAGAUUUAAUUUGUAUUACAAGUGUGAGCAUAUACACCUCGGCUUGUUUAGAGUUGCCGACAUUCAACCUUCAUAGAUGUGAAUGUGCCUAUAAAUGUACACUGACAUUCCACAAUGGAACAAUGCUUUCUAAUGUUGAACACUGAUGUACCUACAUAAACUUAGUUGUAAUUGUAUAAAUAUUGUAUUUAGAUUUACAUACCUACUGUCACUUUUGUAACAGCAGUAGUUAAAUUAUUGCUAUUUUAGAUAUUUAUAUGAAAUGACUGAAAGCUGAUUUUAUUUCGAAACCUUUAGACCAAAAUGUGUAUUUUAUUGUAACAUUUAUUUGAUUAUUUUUAGCAGAAAUUAUGUAAUUCUAGAUUUAAGUACAUACCUAUGUAAUAGAAAUCAUUUCGAAUAUUUUGCUUAUAUCAAUGUAGGCAGUAGCUAGUUGUUUAGGUAAGCAAGAUUUCUGCGAUUCAUUUAAUCAAUUCACUAGUAUUUAUGACAUGGUCAUCAUUUACUAUUAAAGGAAAAUAAAUAAUAAUCAAUAAUGUA